CUAAUAAGGGAUACACCAAGUUCKAAACCUCUCGUCUUCCACUCUCUCUGAUGGACUACAAUUUUCCAUAAAGAUUCCUCGCAAAUAGACUCUUUAUUCAAGAUCUAGUGUCUAUUCUGUGCAAUACAUCGAAGGCUAGAACACUGUUCGAGACAGAGAGAAUCAUAUUCCUCAGUUCACAAUGGCGAAUCCAUUUAUCAAUUCUUCUUUCACAUUGCGUCCAUCGAUGAAUAAUAGGGACAUCCCAGAGUUGACACUUCGCCAGACCGAGGUCUCCAGAAUCCCAAUGGAGAGAACCGAAACGAAGGAAGGAAGGUCAUUCAAACGCCAACGGUUAUUUAUGGAUCGCUUCAUGUCUACAGCGUUUCCCUUCGGUUAUCGCUACAGUUGCAACGAUGUUGAUUAUAGCUACGAUGACCAGUACCUUUCAGACGAAGAAAAUGGCGUUCCAUUAACAACACGGCGGAGAGUCUCGAGUAGACUUACCUCUUGUCGUAGGAUAAGUGAUAUAAGCAUCGGUAGCAGCAGUAAUGGUAUGAACAUCAGCGAAGCUGAUUAUUGGAAGACCCGCUGCCUUGAUGUGCAAGAUACGUUUGAGAAUGCACAAGCUCGCUUGAGAGAAGCGGAAGAGGACCAGAGACAGUUGCGACAGCGAGUUCGCGAACUUGAGGAGCAGCUCUUGCUCCAAUCGUCAUCAGGAAACAGUAACAGCAAUGGUGGGAUUGGAAAUGAAGAUUAUGAGGCUGGCAACACGGAAGAAACUUUCGAAACAAGGGAUAGGGACGCUAGCAGUAAUAUAGAGGGGAAGAACAAUAGAAUCGCACCGAAACAUUUGGGGAAAGAUGAUGGACAAUGUGCCGAGGAUACAGGUCGGAAAAAUAAGAAGGAACGACCACUCCCUGCCCUAGUAGUUGAGAUCAAGGAGAAUCACCAGGCAGUCUCGUCCUGUUUUUACUUGACAGACGGGGAAGGAUUGAACGAGUCCUAUGAUCAAGAGAUGGAAGACGUUUCAAUGGAUGUUUAUUGCGGCGACCAGAUGCUUGGUGAUAUCGAUGACGAUCGUAACGACAUAAAUUUUAACCAGCAGCGUGGGUGAAAGUAAAAAUCAUAGCGAAUA